CACAAACAUUUAAAUAAAAACCAUCAAUCCACAUUUCCACACUCUUGCGUCCGGACCUGAGAAGAAGACGAAAAAGAAGAGCUCCAGAAGAGAGUCCCACCGUGCCCGUCUUGAAGAAAUACUCGAUCACCAGACAGUGCAAAGAUGAAGCUGCCAAUGUUCAUCCUUUUCAUGGGCUGCAUUGUACUCGCCGUGGCCAUCACUGAAGAGGAAAUGGAAGGCCUGGUGGAGGAAGUAGAAGACUUGGAGACCGAACUGGAAGAACUGGAGUUUGAAAUGGAGAAGCGAGACCAGGAUGACGAAGAUGAAGACCUGGAGGCUGAGGCAGAAGACUUGCAGGUACUGAACAUGAUGGAAAAACGUAAAGACAUGCAUAAGUCGUGCAUGGACUCCUGCAAAAAGAAGGGUAAAACACCUAAAAACAUGUGCUGGAAAGAAGGCAAGAAGUGGAAAGGGAUCACGCGAGUUGGUAAAUAAAUGGAUGAUGCAGUUUUUUGUUUAAUAUACCACCAAAGGAAUGUACUGUCAGCGUUUCCAUAGCCUUCAAACACCGCAAAAAUAUUUUUCUUCUUUUUUUGCUUACUCCAUGGACAAUUCUUAAAUGAAGAAAAAUAUUCAUGCAAGAAGAAAAUGUAGAAUAAAAUUCAAGCAAAUCGAGGAACUAUGCAAAUAUUUCUAGAGAUUUAAGCAAAAUCUUCUUUUUUUAUUUAAAAAGCAAGAAAAACGUUUUUUUGAUAACCAGAAAUACUAGAUUUUUUUUUUCUUCCUGAAAGUAAGAUUCUCUGUUAGGAAGCAAAAACAAGAUAAACAAUUAAAAUCAUUUUUGGAAAUACAAGAAAACAAAAUCUCAAAUUGUCUCAAAACUUAACAAGAAAAAAUUGCUUGCCCCAUGGAGAAGCACAUUUUUCGAAGAUUUCUUGGGGACAGAAUAACUUUCUUCCUAGAAGAUUAAUUUUCUGUGAAGAAGCAAAAUAAGAUAAACAAGAAAAAGCAUUUUUGGCAGUAAAGAUAUUCCUCUACCAAGUAAUGACAACCCCUGCAGUUGGAAAUACACCCUGAUAUACCCUUAUCAUAGUUAAUGUGCCCUCUCACUGCACUUGCGUCAAACUUGCGUUAAUGCGGGGUCCGUUCACUGCACCACUGAUUUCUUAUUUUAUCGAACAUUUAGAACUUAUACAUUGCGUAACACUUCAAAUAGUAUGAGUUAGAAGACAAAAUACACACAAAGUAAAUUUGUUCUUCAUCUCUGACAUUCGUUGAGUAUCUUUCAAACCCCGCAGUGACGCAAGCUUGACGUAAGUACAGUAAGAAUGCACCUGUAGCAGAAAAAUCCCUUGGGGGCCAGCCGGGAUCGGGUAGCUCAAACAGUUUCUUCGGUGGCCCAAGACAGUCAGGCCCGCCGAUCUCCUAUUCGCGCCCCGGGGAGUUUAAGCCCGAUAAGGUCCACCACGAUAACUCCUUCGGGAUUUAACUCCCAGGAGUGCUAAUGUAAGAUCGGCGGGCUGACUGCCUUGGCUCCCCGAACAAAACUUGCUAGAUACCCGGUCCUGUCUGGCGCCUCCCAUUGUAAAAAAAAUCCUUAAAACACUGGUAGAUAAAUUUCUCUCGAUUGUGUAGAAGACCUUAUCAUCCUCGAAACACAGAUAUCGACAGAUCAAUGGCCUCCAUCAUUAAAACAAAAAGUCUAAGGUUUUUACCAGACAUAUCACAAAUCUCUUAAACAGCUCUACCUCUUUUGACCAAUCGAAUUUUGUUACUAAUAUCGGCAAGGGUUUUAUUUUAGGUAAUCUUUAGAAUAACAUGAGAUAAAGUUAGUUUGAACACAAUGUUAGAGGUGUGCUUCUGGAAAAGCAAGGGAAUAGCAACGGAUGUUUUAGUAUGAAAAGAUAAUAAAACUGGUGACUGGUUUAAAAAA